AUGCAGGUGUCACCGCGACCUCUAGACCGCGUACUAGAUGGAUACCGCAUGCAGCAGAGGGCGCUCAGCGUGGAGCAGCUGACGGAACUUGCCGCUCAGCUGCACAUCGCUCACCUCGCUGAACUGAGGCGACUUCGGGAUUAUCGCCGACGUCUGGAUGAUGUACAGCCGUAUCGGCCGCAACACACAGAUCAUCUGUUGAGAGUUAACAAUCGCCUAGAGGAGGGCGUGGCGCCGGCGCCGUGGCGGCCCGUGGUGUUGCCGCGCAAUCUACAGGAACUCUUUGAUACUGUGCCAAAGACACCCCAGGUGAAGACAGCGGACAGUGCAGGCGUGUGGCGUGCGACGCGGGGCUGGGCAGCAGGGGCACUGCUGCUGCUCGCUGCUUUGUUUCUGCUGCGAGCGACCGACCGUUUCUUCACCCGCAACUACCUACGUUGGCGCCGAAGUCGGUCGGAAGAGUGGCCCACUCCUAACGUAUUAGCGACAAGUCAAGUGGAGACGCCGCCCGUGGAGGUAGACUCUCCUUCGGAGGCGGUCGACGCCGACUUGCCUGAUGACCUGCCUCCGCCCUACUCUGAAUGCUCCCGUAAGCACAGAUUCGAGGAACCGCCUCCACCCUACUCCGCAUGCUACGUGGAAUUUACGAACCCGAAGGACGGUAUCCCAGCCGUCCACUUCUACAACAGCCGGCGGCAGAAUAUUUUUCGAGACCUGGAUGCGGGAACGUCUAGCAGUGAUACGGGUCAGCGCGAGGCUUCAAGAAGUGAUGAAAGACAAAGUGAAGCGAGAGCAGAAUCACCGAAAGUGUUCAGCGACGCUUGUUGA